CGCCCGGGCAGCAUGGUGAUGGCCGAGCCGCGGCGGCUUCCCCCGGCGGCGGCGGCGCUGCUCCUGCAGCCGCCCCGCGGAGGGUCGGGCCCCGUCCGCGUCGGCUUCUACGAGAUCGAGGGCACGCUGGGCAAAGGCAACUUCGCCGUGGUCAAGCUGGGCCGGCACCGCAUCACGCGCAGCGAGGUGGCAAUAAAAAUCAUUGACAAAUCUCAAUUAGAUUCUGUGAACCUGGAGAAAAUUUAUCGUGAAGUGCAGAUAAUGAAGAUGUUGAACCAUCCACACAUUAUCAAGCUUUAUCAGGUGAUGGAGACCAAAAGCAUGCUGUACCUUGUGACGGAAUAUGCCAAAAAUGGAGAAAUAUUUGACUACCUUGCUAACCAUGGGCGCUUGAGUGAAUCCGAGGCCAGGCGCAAAUUUUGGCAAAUUCUCUCUGCUGUCGAAUACUGUCACAGCCGGAAGAUUGUACACCGUGACCUCAAAGCUGAAAACCUCUUGCUUGAUAACAACAUGAAUAUUAAAAUAGCAGAUUUUGGCUUUGGAAACUUCUAUAAAAGUGGCGAGCCGCUGACAACAUGGUGUGGCAGUCCGCCAUAUGCCGCUCCCGAGGUCUUCGAAGGACAACAGUAUGAGGGUCCGCAACUGGACAUUUGGAGCAUGGGCGUCGUUCUGUAUGUGCUAGUCUGUGGCGCUCUGCCCUUCGACGGACCGACGCUCCCCACCCUGAGGCAGCGCGUUCUGGAAGGAAGAUUCCGCAUCCCCUAUUUCAUGUCUGAAGAAUGUGAGCAUCUCAUCCGGAGGAUGCUGGUCCUGGACCCGUCCAAGAGGCUGACGAUCGCUCAGAUCAAGGAGCACAAGUGGAUGCUGGCAGAGGUCCCCGUGCAAAGGCCUGCUCUCUAUCCGCAAGGCCAGGAGAACGAGCCCUCGAUCGGCGAGUACAACGAACAAGUGCUGCGGCUGAUGCACAGCUUGGGAAUAGACCAGCAGAAAACCGUGGAGUCCCUGCAAAACAAGAGCUACAACCACUUCGCGGCCAUCUAUUACUUGCUCAUAGAGAGGCUCAAAUCGCACCGCAGCAGCUUCCCCGUGGAGCAACGCCUGGAUUCCCGUCAGCGGCGGCCGAGCACCAUCGCCGAGCAAACCAUGGCCAAGGCCCAGGCUGCAGUCGCACCCGUGAACUUGCGUCCCCAGAACGUAAGGCUGCUGAGGUCUCCCGGCCUCCCUCCUAGUUCUGCUGCAGAAGCGUUCUCCUUCCCCACUUCCCCCUGCCAUGCAGAAUCAGCUUUCAUGGAGGAAGAGAGAAUUGACAUACCAAAGGUGAAUGGGUGCCUCUUAGACCCCGUUCCCCCGGUGGUGGGGAGGAAGGGCUGCCAGUCUCUGCCGAGCAGCAUGAUGGAGACCUCCAUCGACGAAGGCAUUGAAGCCGAGGGGGAGUCCGAAGAGGAUCCUGCGCAGGCGUUUGCAGCGCUGCAAGCCACUCGCUGCGGGAAGAGGCGCCACACCCUGGCAGAGGUCACCAAUCAGCUGCUCGUCAUGCCGGGAGCAGGGAAGGUCUUCUCCGUGGACGAGAACCAGUCUUUGAGCAGCGUCGACUCCGAGUAUGAUAUGGGGUCCAUCCAGAGGGACUUGAACUUCCUGGAGGACACCCCUUCCCUGAAGGAAAUGGUGCUGGCCAACCAGCCGGCUCCGCGGAUGGCCUCCCCGUUCAUCGGCCUGCGGCCCGCCAACCCAGCCAUGCAGGCCCUGGCCUCCCACCGGCGGGAGCUCCACAACCGCUCUCCCGUCAGCUUCCGAGAGGGGCGCAGGGCUUCGGACACGUCUCUGACGCAAGGGAUUGUGGCAUUCCGGCAGCACCUCCAGAACCUGGCCCGGACCAAAGGCAUCCUGGAGCUGAACAAGGUGCAGCUACUGUACGAGCAGAUGCGGUCGGAGGAGGCGCCCCCGCUGGGGUUUGCCUCUCCGCCCCUGCAGGACUUUGGGGGCGGCCCCCAGCAGGAAGAGGCGUCCCAGCAGCAGGAGGAUGAUGCCGCGUUCCCCAACGGCCUGCGCCCCCAGCCGCUCUCCAGGCGGCAGAGCCUGGAGACACAGUAUUUGCAGCACAGGCUCCAGAAGCCAACCCUGCUCUCCAAGGCCCAGAACGCCUGCCAGGUCUUCUGCAAGGAGCUUCCCCGGAGCCUCGAGCAGCAGUUGCAGGAGCACAGGCUGCAGCAGAAGCGGCUCUUCCUGCAGAAGCAGUCCCAGCUGCAGGCCUACUUCAACCAGAUGCAGAUCGCGGAGGGCGCCUUCCCUGGGCCCAGCCGGCUGCCCCUUCCCUGCCCGGAGGAGCCGCCACCGCCGGCACCCGCUCCCCAGUUCGGCCUGGCGCCGCCGCUGAGCCCCGUCAUGGAGCCCUCUGCGGAGCAGAUGCAGCUCGACCCAUUCCUCGGCCAGUACCAGAAGCUGCCGCUCGACCGGCCCUCCCCGCCACCCAUCCACGGCCCGCCCCAGCUGCCGCCGCAGCCCCCCGUGCAGCCGCCCCCGCCGCCCUACCCCUACCGGAGCGGGGAGCUGCCGGCCGGCGCCCCGCCAGAGCCGGAGCGCGUCUGCCAGGGGCCAUAUGGCCUGGAGCCGGCGCCGCCGGGCGGGGGCACGGGGUCCCCCCAGCACAGGGGCUCGGACUCUCCCGGGCCCCAGCCUAGCUACGAGGCGCUGGGCCUGGCGGAGUUGCCGGGCCUCUUCGACUGCGAGAUGAUGGAGACGGUGGACCCGCAGCACGGCGGCUACGUCCUGGUGAACUAGCGGGGCCGGGCGCUCCGGGUGCGAGGCGGGUGGGCCGGCGCGAAGGACAUCGGUGUGCGUGGAUCCCCUUUCCCAUUCGCCCCCUCGAGUUCACGGCUGAUUUUCCAACUCUUGACCUUCCCGGGUGGAUCUGCGGGCCCUCCCGAUCGCUACUGUGGGGGAACGGCUGUGCCGCAGGGAAACGAAGGAAGGGGCGCACCGCGAGGGGAGGGGCAUGCCACCCCCCCAAGGUGGCGGGCCUUCUGCCGCCCCGCAGAGCCGCGGGAGAGGAACAGCUCUGGGACAAGCCGUACUUCUUGGCAAUAAAAGCAAUACACUUUUCAUGGGAACUUGGCGCGGACGAGGGAUGGCGUUCGAGCAGCUGGGGACCGUUUCCCGUCUCCGAGCCGCCGAUGGCCAACUUGACUGUGGACGAUCCUCAGAAUUCCCAGCGCUUCCUUCUCUUGGCCGGCGACUUCGCCCAGGACAUUCCCCAUCGUUGCAGCCACCACGACGAAUCCGCGGCUCUUUGACAAGGAUGAGUGCCGGAGCCAUGUCUGGACUCCUGUGGAACUAGGGAGCUCCCCUGAACCUCUGCAGAGGGAGCCCGGGGGAGUGGUCUGGGGGAAGACCCCGGGCUGUGUGGCCAACUCAGUGGCGCCUCACAAGGAAACUUGGGGAGAAGUUGAUCACUGGAGAAAGUUGUUAUAAGCUGCCCUUAGUUGCGUUUCUGUUUUGAACGAGGCAACUGGACUUGGAGUUAACGGUGUGGCAUUGCAUUGAUUUCUUAGGCUUUGUAUAUUUGGACAAUUAUCUAGGGAUGUAGCGUUGUAAGGACAAACAACACGAGCUUAUCAGAAAACCCAUGUGAAGUGAUAGUGCUGUGCCUUUUGGGUUCUUUUUGAGACUCUCCUUUUCUUUCUCUCUCUCUCUCUCUCUCUCUCUCUUUCUGAAGUAGAAAAUACCCCAUUAAUGUUCAUGCUGCCACCAAAGUCCCUUCAGAGCCCAAGUUCCACCAUGUGGAAUGCGGGUCUUAGCAUUUUCCUGGAGUGUUUCCGACUUGUGCUUCUCUACAUCUGAAAUGUUCACAAGAGUAUUAGAGCAAUAUUUCGGUCCCACACCUGUUGAGUCGGGACGCGCGUCAACAAAGCCUGCUCUGCCAGGCGUUUGGCCUGGGCCUUCGUGGCAUGGCACGCUGGCCCCAAAUCCAUAGGAAGUUUGGAGAGGCGCCCUGAGCUCGGUUGCCCGAGAGCAGUGUUUUGAUGCUGUGUCAGUGUUAAGGAGAAGGCGCUGGCGGGUGUCCUUACGCUUCCUGGUGGCAGCAGACAAAGACCUAAGCACAAAGAGCAAUUUGUUUAAGCACAAUGCGCAAUGAACUAGCAACGGUGCUGGGGGGAGGGCGGGCCUUGGCCCAGCUGGCCGCGGGGGGCUUGGUGGCCGGGCUGGGGCACGUCAGCUGUGGGUGGGAUGGUGUCUUCCCUGCAGUGGGAGGAAGCGGAUCCCAGGAAGCGCCAGGCCGGAAGGCCUCUGCUGCAGCUGCCCCGUUUUUAGAAGCAUGGAAACCUCUUAAAGGAGAGGCGCAUGUGUCAUCACCAAGGUAAGUCCAUGCCGCGAACAUCGGCUUGGCCGACACGGGUGGCUCCCCAGACUGCGCAUCAGAAACGUUUCUGUGGAGAAUUUUCUGGCUAGCCCCAGUUUGGAAGGGUUUGCAAGCAGGCCCCUGCCCGGGCCACCCGUCACCUGAAACAGCCUGGCUCGGAUCUGGGUUUCUCACCUUGGCAGGACCGGGGCUGCCUGAGCGAGGGGAGCUUUUCCUCCCCACAUCCUGAGCCCCGCCAUCCCCUCUGGCUUGCACCAACCCCUUCCCUGGCGGAAUUCCUUCCCGUGGGUGGUCCUCGCACGCACAGGCAGCGCAGCGGGAAGGGGGCUGCCCGGGUUUCCUUUGUCCACCAGACCAGGAGCAAGAAGCUCGUCUCGUGCCUAGGCGACGGCAGCCGCUUCCCCUGGGAAAGCCUUUCCUGCCACAUCUUGCAGCCCUUGCUGACGCCAACCACCUUGUUCCCAUGCAGGUGGUGGGGGGAAUCCCGCAGGCCCUGAAGAUCCGCCCCACCUUCUCCAAGCCCCUCUUCAUUCCAGGGGGAGAGGAGGAGCCGCUUCUCUCCUUGUGUUGGGGAGGAGGGGCUCUGCAAGGCAGGGCGUGCCCUUGGAUCAUGCCCAGUCCACCCUGGAGGGCAUCACAGCACACUGGUUUGUGUUACCCAAACCCCUGAUGGAUUGGACCCAGCUUAUAGCUCAUGCGGUGCCCACUCACGCUUACGCCGAAAAACUCCCUACACCUGCCAGCAUUUCUUGGCCGGCUGCGGGACCUCUCCUUCCCUCCCUGCAGGUAUAGCAGUGCACCUUUUGGGCGUGGGGAAGGCAGUUCUGGAGCUCCUGUCUCCCGGUGAUGGCGGCACUCGGCUUAGGACGCAGGGGCUUGUGAGCAUCAGGCAGCAUUUGAGGUGCCCUUCAGAGGCAGGCAGGCAGGCCUGAAUCUCAGCCCACCUGCUCUUGCCAAGGACUGCGGGAAACCCGCGAACAGGCCUCAGAGCUGCCAGGCCCCUGAUGCCCCCGGGGCACCCGGCACCCCACGUGUCACUGCCCUGCGAGCCAGGCAGACCUGUCCAGAGGUCGUUCCCCUGGCCACAGCCUUGUCCUUCAGCUCCUAGGUAGGACUGGGAGGCCUGCCCCCCUCUCACCAGACCACAUCCGAGCGUUUGGGGUCAUUUCUGUAACAGCAGCAGGGGAAGAAACUUCUUCAGCCCCACUCACACCCCCCAGAGCGCUGCCUCCCUCGGUGUUCGUGCCACUUCAAAAUAACCGCUUCUGUCCGUCUGCCGUGUCCAUCAGAGGGUUUGUGUAAACUACUGUGCCACAACUAUGAGCUUUAUUAGUUUUAAUGCGAGUUCCUUUGAAGAGACUUUGGUGAGAUGUACUUGGGGUUAAACGAAAACUUUCAUAUGGAGACAAGUGCAAUAUGUGUAUGUGUGGUACGUUCUUUAAUGUAUUUUUUUAAGAAGAGUUAAAAGGGUUUAGUCUUCGCUUUGGGGAGAAAUGCACUAGUUUUGUGAGCACCAGUUCUGGUGCAACCCAUCUGUAGUAUUUACAUGCAGUUGGUAUGCUGGACUCUAAAAACUAUCACAGUGUAUUCAUGCAAAAUAAAGAACGUGGACCUUC